CUUUACAACUUUAAGAGAUGUUUGUUUCUAAGAUGUUUCUAAGACCAAACACACAACAGCCGGUUGAAUAGAGCCUCAUUUUAUACAGCGAUCUACGAUGCUACGCAUUACAUAUCGCCCUACCUUGUAUAAUCGUUUAAAUAUGAUUACGGAUAUAGUAUAUUGCCUGUAAAUCCUUAGCCAGCAUGUUUCCCAAUAUGGAACAUCCAGAACAUCCUCUCAAGUCUCUCGAACAUGGUUUGUCGCAGCAUGUUGCGCUCGACCCUCACCCGGGUAAUAUCAAACGACAAGUGUCAACUUCAUUACUAUUUCCUAGUAUCAUCUUAUUAAAUAGAAGAGUGCUUCGAGUAUAUACUUAGGUAUUGAUAUUCUACCUCAUAUAUCACUAUUUCGAAUUAACUUCGAGUUGCGACUGGUUUAUCAAUAUCAACCUUAGCAAGUUGACAUCCUAAGUCGCAUUGCUAGCAUGGGUUAUUACGAAAAUAGCUUCUAUGCUUUAUUGGCCAUUUGCGCAGGCCUUCUUGCGUCUCAACCCACGAGGCGGGAUGAGUUGAGGAAACUGGCCGAUGCUCGCAGACAGGUAUCAAGAGAUGACAAACACCCCGAAGCGGAUUGGUACAAGGUGUACGCCCUCAUCAUGGGCGCUGACUGGAUUCAAGGACCUUACUUGUACUCCUUAUACCGCGAUGAACACGGCCUUUCUGAGCGUCUGGUGUCUACUCUAUUCGCUACGGGCUUUUUAUCGGGUGCCAUCAGCGCGUAUUUUAUCGGUGCUUUAGCGGACAAGCAUGGCCGAAAAGCAGUAUGCAUGGUCUUCUGCCUCCUUUACGCCAUGUCUUGCUUUUUUACUGUACUACCAGCUAUGCCCCUCCUUUUCUUAGGCCGAAUUCUAGGAGGGGUUAGCACAAGCAUCCUCUUCAGUGUGUUUGAUAGUUGGAUGGUGACCAACUUCCGUGAGCGCAAACUCGUUGAAGACGGAUGUGAUUUGUCCAGGACUUAUGCUACCACCAGCAUUGUCAGCAGCCUCUCAGCUAUUAUGAGUGGCAUUGUUGGCGAAUGGCUUGUCAGGAUUACAGGUACUAAGAAAGCCCCAUUUCUACUGAGCGCCGGCUUAUUGUGGUGUGCGCUCCAACUAAUAUGGGCUCAUUGGGUUGAAAAUUAUGGCGCGAAAGAAUCAGAGUCAUCGGAUAAGUCCAAGAAAUCUAAUGUUUGGUCGACUCUAAAAAAGCCGUCAAUUUUAGUCCUCGGGUUUGCCUCGACCAUGUUUGAAGGGUCUAUGUAUCUCUUCGUCGUCUUUUGGACGCCUGCGAUGAAGGCUGUCCAAACAUCUGCCGGGGAACUUCCAUACGGAUACAUCUUCUCUAGCUUCAUGGCAUCCUCGAUGGCGGCCGCAUUGAUAUUCAACAUCGUCAUGCAGAAACGACCAUUCAAAUAUUCCCGGCUUCUUAUCGGCAUUCUACUUGCUGCCAACUUCUGCUUCGUUAAGCUUGCUGGCCCCAAAACCGAGGACGCUGCCUUCUGGCUCUUUUGCCUUUUUGAGGCCUGUGUCGGUAUGUACUGGCCUUGCACUGGCUAUCUGAAGGGUCGUCUCGUAGAGGACGAUGUUCGCGCCAAAGUUUACAGCAUUUUGAGAAUUCCGUUGAACAUCUUCGUCGUGGUUUCAUUGGCUGUUGCCGGCGAUAGUAAAAGCUUCAUUAAGGUGUUCGCGACAUGCUCAAUGUUGUUGACUGCAUCUUUUGGGGCAGUCUGGGCGGUCAGCUUAAAAGAAAAUAUGCCUUAAAACGGUCUUUAUACGAGAAUAACGUUAUUCGACACAGAUAAAAAAAUGAUUUCAAUUCAAAGAUAUGAGAAAGUUCUAGGAGUUUAGCUUACUUACCUGCUAAGUUCCGCCGGUGAAAUCGCAUUAGGAAGAGCCCCCGUGGCUCAUAUGCGCUGUCAUUCAGCGCUCAACGCCCACCCCCCCUCCUCCCUCUCCUACGGUAUAAUCCAACUAGGUCAGGUUGAAUUGAUUCGGCUAAAUAUUGCUGUAUAAAACUCCUUACUUUUAGCAAGAGUAGUACGCUUUCGCAUAGGCCAAGGUCAUAUCGAGCCAUCUGGCUUCGCGCAACGAGGAGGCUAGAGAGAUGAUGAGAUAGAAAAGACAG